GACGCGCACUUCCGGUUGUCUCCGCGCUAUUAUUCCCUCACAGUGAGUGAGUGGGUGAAUGGAGGCCGCGGCCUGCGAGUCGUGCUUUCUGUUUGGAAAUAGCAGGCGUUUGUAAAAAACAAUCGGCGCCUGUCCCCACCCACGAGGGAGGGAGGGAAGCCGCAGAUUGGUGCGUGUUUGGGCCUAGAGGCUGUAGGCCGGGCAGGGCUGAGCAGGGCCUGGGCAGGGCCGGGGCUGGGGCUGAGGCCGGGGGUUCAGCCGCCGCCGCCUCGCUCCCUCCCUCACUGUGGGCUUGUCCGCACCGAGGCUUUUUGUUUUGUUCGCUGAACCGUUCCCCAGCGUAUCGCGGUUUAAAGCCAAACUCCAGGCCCAGCGCAAACCUUCACAUGAAUCUCCAGAGAUAGAGACGCGGCGGGAGCGGAUUGCUGGAAGAUGUCGGACGGCGCGGAGCUGGUGCCUGCCCCGUCCCAGCCGCUCGAUAGGAGUUGUUGGGUGUGUUUUGCCACAGAUGAAGAUGAUCGAACAGCAGAAUGGGUGCGGCCUUGCAAGUGCAGAGGAUCUACUAAAUGGGUUCAUCAAGCUUGUCUACAACGAUGGGUAGAUGAGAAGCAAAGGGGCAACAGUACAGCCAGAGUGGCAUGUCCACAGUGCAAUGCUGAAUAUUUAAUUGUCUUUCCAAAACUAGGUCCAGUUGUUUAUGUAUUGGAUCUAGCAGACCGUCUCAUCUCCAAAGCAUGUCCAUUUGCUGCAGCUGGAAUCAUGGUGGGCUCCAUCUAUUGGACAGCUGUCACCUAUGGCGCUGUAACUGUUAUGCAGGUUGUAGGUCAUAAAGAAGGCCUGGAUGUCAUGGAGAGAGCGGACCCAUUAUUCCUCUUGAUUGGACUUCCAACCAUUCCAGUUAUGCUUAUUUUGGGCAAGAUGAUUCGCUGGGAGGACUAUGUGCUGAGACUAUGGCGAAAAUACUCCAAUAAAUUGCAAAUUUUAAACAGUAUAUUUCCAGGAAUAGGCUGCCCAGUUCCUCGUGUUCCUGCCGAGGCCAGCCCGUUAGCAGAUCACGUGUCAGCUACUCGCAUUCUUUGUGGGGCUUUGGUUUUUCCCACUAUUGCCACGAUAGUUGGUAAAUUAAUGUUCAGCAGUGUCAACUCAAACUUGCAAAGGACAAUUUUGGGUGGUAUUGCCUUUGUAGCUAUCAAAGGGGCUUUUAAAGUGUACUUCAAGCAGCAACAGUAUUUGCGCCAGGCCCACCGCAAGAUAUUGAAUUUUCCAGAAGAGGAAGCAUGAGAAGUCUGACUGCGGCUGGUUGAUGUGCUGUCAUUCUUACUUAGCAGUUGAGCAUUAUAAGUUAGAUUCUGUUGUUUUAUGGUAUUGUGGGUAUGCUGCUGGUGCAGACUAAUGUACACAUUUUUAAAAACAAAAUAAAGCACUUUCAUUUGGCUAAAACUGGCAGCAAAUGCUAGCAGUGAUCAUUGAACCCGACAAUGUGAUUUGCUUUGGUUACUUUUUAAGCACUUUCUUUACAGUGAUCUGGCAGCGUAAUAUUUAAUUAGUAUUGCAUCUAGACUAACCUUUCUGCAAAGCAGCAAAUGUUAUAGUUUUCAGAACCUUGCAUUUUAUUUUUUGCUGACUGUACAGUUUAUUUUCAAAAAUUGUAAAUUGUCUAUUGUACCUUUGUGCAUUACGUCCUUUUAAUCCUUAGCUGUACUUUUUCCGUUUAUUAAGCUCCAGCUAAAUAUUGUUUCUCUUAUUUUAUUCAGUGAUUACACUAUGUUCCAUAAACACUAAGAUAAGUACAAUAUUUGGUGGCUUUUUCAUGGUUGACAAAUAAUUUAUUCAACUUUGUACCAGAUUACUGAAGGACAAUUUUUAGGUAGUUUCUGGUUAUAGAGAUGAUCUUUACAUUUUGGGUCGUGGUUGCUUUUGAAACCAUUUGUGUAAUGUGUAAGAUUUUUAUUUAGCAUAUGUUAUUGAUGACCAGAAUUAAACUUGGUUCCAGGUCCCUGCUGUAAACUUUCUUCUCUCCCCCCCCCCCCCCCCAAAUUUCACUGCUACCACCAAAAAUACCUUCCGCAUCUUUCAACAUUUUCUUUUCUUUACUGUCUUUAACUGUGGCAAGGCAGUUAAAUCUAUUCGUAAACUACCAUAUCAGUGAUCUUGUUUGAACAUGUAUUGAUUGUACAGUAUUCCCUAUUGAUCUGUAGACUUCAUUGGCCAAAAUGUAUCAUAAAUAAAACAUUUAUAAUAAAAAUUCUUGAUGUUU